GACUUGACAUUUAAGUUUUUAGUGUUUUCAUUUUCAGAAUUUUGAAUUUCAGUCCGAUUUUGUAUUUUAGUCAUUUGUGUAUUAAAUAAUAAAAUUAUCAAUAAAAUACUUUCGAAGAUAAUCACACCAUACUUUUCAAAUGACAAACUUAAAGGCCUUAGUCUUACAAAAUUUCAAAAAGAUUCAUAGAACCCGUUUAAGAGUAUUUGAUGGAGAUGAAAAAGCAUUGCUGGCGGCUCGGCUCAAGAUCAAUGAUGAAUUUAGAAAAAACCAGAAUGUUAGAGACGAAGAAGCAAUAAAGGCAAUGCUGAAGUUUGGUGAUGAUGUGGAGAGGGAGCUGCGAACGCAGGUGAUCCAGGCCCGCGAAGUGAAGCCCGGAGUGUUUGAAGCUAAAAUAUCCCAGGAAACUCUGAAGAUGGAAAACACUCCAUACAAUGACAGUGCCAUACCAGAAGGAGGAAUCAAAAGAAAAGGGAAAGGAUGUUGCCAAAAUCAGAAGCCAAAUGAUACAAAAACAACAUAGGAAGAAUAAAGUAAAAUUAAAAUAAUUUAGCAAGUCAUUAUGAUUAAUGUUAUUUAUUUUUAUGUAGGCUUAGCUUUAAGUUAGUACUUAGUACAACAGGGAUUUCGUAGCUUUUAGUAAGAUUAAAAUUGUUUUAU